CUUUCCGAUAUACCCGAGUGUCAAACGCCUAUAUAAAAGGCAAGUAUUGUUUCUGAAUCGUCACUACGUUCACCGUGAUCUUAUUGUUCGUAACUAACUGACAAAAUGGCCCACAAACUGCUGGUUGUCGGCGCUCUGGCUAUUCUUGGCUUGGCGGUUUCCGACGCCCACAAAGCCCACUCAUUCCAACAUUAUCACGGCCCGGUCGAAGGUCCGGAUCAGGAAGUCACCUGGCAAGACAAACACGGCCACCAUCACCACGACUACGUCGCCCAUCCUAAAUACGAGUUUGCUUACGGUGUCGAGGAUCACCACACCGGCGAUUAUCACGGACAAAAGGAGCACAGAGACGGCAAGAACGUCGUCGGGGAAUACACGGUUAAGGAACCAGGCGGCAACACGCGAACAGUCAAGUAUCAUGCGGGCAAGCACGGUUUCCAUGCCCACGUGAUUAAUAGCAAUGGCAACGAUCAUUCAGGAGGUCACGGCGGACACGGACAUUGAUCAAGAGGAACUUGACACCUCACGCCGAGCAUGGAUAACUCGAAUUUCAUCGAAUCAAUUGUUGUUGUUUUUCAUUACGUAUAAAUAUAUAACGUGCGAAAUUUGAA